CUUCUCAUUCUCACCCCGGCAGCUAGCGGCUUUCACAUCCGGGCGGCUCUCGCUCCUCUUCAAUCGCAGUCCGCUUCCCUCCCCUGCGCUCUCGACCAAGGGAGGUCCGUGGCAGCAGAAGAAUCCCCGAACCUCGGGCACUUUCGGAGGCGUCUGGUAGUGCCCCCCUCCCUUGAGGCGCUGCUUACCCGCACAGCCGGUGGCACAUGACGCCUUUUCCACCGAUGGUGGUGCACGGCGCUGAGCGCUCCCCGUCGGUGCGACAUCUCCGCGCCGAAGUAGCUAACAUCAGCUAACAACAUCGAUCUCCGCUUCUCCGCCCCCUCUCUCUGCGAUCGACUCCCGCUAUCUAUCCGACACACCAGCAGCGGAUUGAUAGCUAGCACUGGACCACCGAGGGCAUCUCCCACCCUGCCUGUACAUCAUCUAGCGCAGGAAGCCCACCCGUUUCCUCCCAGGUUUAGGGCCGCAGACAGAGUAGCCUCGGACAUUCACCCGUGAUAUUUAGAUUGCCAGUCCCCUUUCCUCCUUGUUUGUGGCCUUUUCAGGGUCCAUUUCUUCUCUACCUCAACACCCCGAUGCGCCUCCGUCCCUUUGCGUAACCUCAGCUGCACUAUCACCCUCACCUUGAUCAUCCCCUCUCCGAGCUCCACCGUCCCCGGCUCUGCUGCUUCUGAGAGUCCGAUCAAGGAGCUUUGCUCGACGUGCACAGACUGCGGAGAAUCCCGGCAGACGUCUCCGGUUCGUCUUCGUCCCUGGCUUCCCUUUUCUUAGCCUGGCUGCACAGAGGAGCUGGCUGGCCUGUUCUACAAUACACCGACACAGACAUCAAAUCCAGUUUCCGGUCUAUCCCCACGACCCCGUCUAGCUCGUCAGCGAUCCCCACACCAGCAAAUCUCAGUGAUACACGCCCCGUAGCGCCCGAGCCACGGCUCUCGCCAUGCCGGGUCCGGUGGCCGGUAGCAAGUCCCGUGUGUACGCAGACGUCAACACGCUGAAGAGUCGGGAGUACUGGGACUACGAGGCCCACGUACCCAAUUGGAACAACCAGGAGGACUACCAGCUGGUCCGCAAGCUGGGCAGAGGCAAGUACAGCGAAGUGUUCGAGGCCAUCAACAUCACCAACAACGAAAAAGUGGUCGUCAAGAUCUUGAAGCCGGUCAAGAAGAAGAAGAUUAAGCGAGAGAUCAAGAUCCUGGAGAACCUGCGAGGAGGGACCAACAUCAUCCGACUGAUGGACACAGUGAAAGACCCAGUGUCCAGAACUCCAGCACUGGUCUUUGAAUGCAUCAAUAAUACAGACUUCAAGGAGUUAUACCAGAAGUUGACAGACUAUGAUAUCCGUUUUUAUAUGUAUGAACUACUGAAGGCUCUGGACUACUGUCACAGUAUGGGAAUUAUGCACCGUGACGUCAAACCCCACAAUGUGAUGAUCGACCACCAGAUGAGAAAGCUACGCCUUAUAGACUGGGGUUUGGCAGAGUUCUACCACCCAUCCCAGGAGUAUAACGUCAGAGUGGCCUCACGAUACUUCAAAGGCCCCGAACUCCUGGUGGACUACCAGAUGUAUGAUUACAGCCUAGACAUGUGGAGCUUGGGCUGUAUGCUGGCCAGUAUGAUCUUUCAGAAAGAGCCCUUCUUCCAUGGACAAGACAACUACGACCAGUUGGUUCGAAUUGCCAAGGUCCUGGGAACAGACGAGCUGUUCGGCUACCUGCGUAAAUACCACAUUGAACUGGACCCACGCUUCAAAGACCUGCUGGGACAGCAGAGCAGGAAGCGUUGGGAGCAAUUUGUGCAGACUGAGAACCAGCACCUGGUGAGUCCUGAAGCUCUGGACCUGCUCGACAAGCUGCUACGCUACGACCACCAACAGAGACUGACUGCCACAGAGGCCAUGGAGCACCCCUACUUCUGCUUUGACAUUGUACACCACCCACCCACACACCAAAACAUCAAGCUCAGGACAGCAGGAAGAGGAGAGGGGAGACUAGUCUGUUCAGAUUUUAGCAGCAGCAUAGACCCAGUAGUAAAGGAGCAGUCUCUGUCAAACGCUGACAACAACAUGGUUUCUAGUGGCAACACUACAACGCGAUGAAACGCAGAGGUGGAAGAAGAAGGAAGUUUGUUACCUCAACUUUGUACCCGGUUGUGACAGUGACUUUGACAAGUGUACAGUGACAAUGGAUCAAAGUAACUCUGACCAGUUACACAUUCACAGAUAUGUGCAUACGGAUACACAUGUUACACACACAUGUACGCACCAGUGCAAGCACACCCCUACACAUACACACACACAGACAGACAGACAGACAGACAUGUAUACAUACACCCUCCUCCUCUGUAUCAGUCUGUGAUUGGCCUGUCCUGGUUCCCUGUCCAGCAGCCUGACCAAUGAGCUUGAAGCUGCUCCCCUGUCGUCCACUCAAACGGUCUUUGUCCUCCCAGUUCAGUCUCAUGUAGGUCAACAGGGACAAACUACUCUUGAAGACAUUUCAGUCCCUCUUCCUCUCUCUGUCGUCCCUCCUGUCUGUAUCAUCCCCUCUUUGUUUGCAUCGGCAUGGAGAAUGAUCAGGAGUGUGAACCUGUAAAAGCCCCACCCCGCCCAAACCAUUCAUCCACCCAUCUGUCUGCCGAACCCCUCCUCCCUCCCUAUCAUGUACUCCAACAGACAGAUGUCUUAGCACUACUCCAGUUCUGAAAGUGGCAUGGUGGACACUCUCUAGAUAGAAGGAUAAUGCUAAUAAUAAUAUUAAUGAAGAAUAAAUGAUU